UUUUGUAACGUUUGGAGAUAAAAUGUUGCGGCGGCGGUGGCGGGCGUCCAGUGUUCACGUGGCCGUCCGGGCAUCCACAGCGCGCGCAGACAUGCGGAGCCUGAUCUUCCUCGCCGUCCUGGCCGUGGCGUACGGCCAGGAUGACUUCCAGUUCGUCUGCCCCGAGUCGUACGGCGACUACGAGGACACCGAGUUCUGCGACUACUUCUGGCGCUGCAACCGCGGCGAGGCCGAGCCCUUGGAGUGCCAGGAUGGCCACGCCUUCAACCCCAACCUGCGCGGUUCCAUCUACCCCUGCGACUACGUCUUCAAAGUGAACUGCACGGGCCGCGAGAGCCUCCAGGACCCGCAACCCGGCAUCGACCUGGAGUGCGAGCGCCAGCACGGCAUCUACCCGGACCCGGAGCUGUGCGACACUUAUUACGUCUGCAAGGACGGCGUGGCCACGCGCUCCCAGUGCGCGCCCGGUCUGCACUUCCACAUCAAGAGCCGCGAGUGCCGGUGGCCGGAUGAGGCCGGCCGCGGCCUCUGCGACAAGCGCGAGUCCCUCGGCGACUUCUCGUGCCCGCUGGACGCCACGAACGCGGUGGACGUGCACGGCAACCGCGACAACAACCCCACCUACAUCCAUCCGGACGACUGCAGGCUCUUCUACGUCUGCCUGAACGGCGUCAAGCCCAUGGAGGGCGGGUGCCCCGAGGGCACUGUCUUCAAUGACGCCACGCGCAAGUGUGACGACCCCGCGAACGUUGAAGGAUGCGAGAAUUACUACUCGUCAGUCGAAGGGGAGCAGGAUCUGUAACUUACUCUCGUCACCGGAAAAUAUGUUUGGCUCCGGCCAGGGAAUACUCGCAUUGUUUGACGUCAUAACAGGAGAGUCUCGGAUAAACGCGAAGAGAAAUAAAGCCAGGUGUCAGUUUGGAAUGAGAGAGCAAUGGAGUAAAAACAGUCAUUUGUUGGCCGGUUUGCUAUGAACUGACCCGUGAUGUGUGCUGCAGCUGGCAUGCCUGGAGGUUCUGUUACAUUGUUGUACAAACUGUAGUUUUACCAUGAUUUUGAUAAAUACAGAGUUGUGGGCA